AAGUGAUGGAGGAAUGGAAUCCGUUAUUUAUGGAUUACGGGGGAUUGGACCAGACAGUCACCAAGUUGCGGACAGUCACAAAGUUACGGAAUUUCUUCGAUUUUCCCACAGAACCCCGACAAAUAGGAACGGGUAUAAAGUCCCACCACUUCUCUCUCUUUUCCUCCCCUGCCCUCUUUCCUCCUCACAAUCGGUCUCCUCCAAUCUUUUCACUUGACUUCGAUACAACUGCUCCCAAUGACCUCGAGCUCGACAAACACCUUCCCCUCUCUUUCCCAACGUAACUUCGAAACGUUUUGCCUUCGGCGUAUCACCCUCUUCUUCUACCUUUUCUUCUCCCUCGUUUCUGCCUCGGGAAUUAUCGUGCGUGAUGUCAAGAAGAUUACCGACUCUCUUAGUGCAGAGGGAAGCGCUAUGAGAAACUUGACAUACCAAACUGAUGCUUUCACUAGCAAUAACUGCUCUGUUCUCGGCGCGCUUCUCAUCCAAACUAUUCUAGUUGAGAGAAAUAUCAAUCAAGUGGUUAUGGAUAUCUCACGACAUUAUGGUUCAAUCUCUGACGCCGAUUGCUCCAAGGUUAAGGCGGAAAUCUCGAACAUGCUUCCAGCUCAUGCAAGUGGGCUCUAUCAGGCUACUUCUAAAAAACCUGAUUUUGUUGCGUGCGGAGUGACCACUAGGCUGAUCCAAAGUCAAAUGGUGGACAUGAGGGCUGGCACUGCCUUUAUAUUCGUGGGCCUUGGUCCCAAGGUUUCUGGUACUUGCAGUAACGAUAUUACUGCUCUUGGUAGCCUGCUUCUCGGCUAUUGGGAUUCGGCCAUUGCAGAUUAUAAUGAACGAGAACAAAUGGGCAUUUGGGGGGUUUUUGAGGAUAUUAUCUUUGGAUGGAUGUGACGGCGCUUGCGGUGGAAAAGGGUGAAGAGCGUUUUCCUACGAUUUUAUUUAUAUUUUCUAUAUCUUAUCUUCUGCAUCAUAGAUCAUGUUCCCUGUGUUCAUCAGAGAUAGGGUAAAAUUUAUGAGAGAGAUUUUUUACUACAAAUCUACAAUAUGUCUGGCUUUAUAAAACAAUAAUUAUUAUAGACAUGUGCCUUUCUUCACUUGUUAGGUUUGACAAAAUAAAUAUCUACUCAUUCUUUUGUCA